AUGAAUGGUGUCACAACUCACCUCAAAGCCAAUGUCGCUCCCUCCCCACCUUCUGGCAACAGCAGCGACACUCUGCAUGACAACGGGAGCUUUGACGAUGAUCGCAAGUGCUCCAACAUCAGCCCGCUCAGCACUGCCACACUCAACUUCGAGGACUUGAAGAUUCACGAUGACGGCUUGUCGUACACUCACAAAGACUCCGAUGGAUUCGCCGGCCCUUUCCAAGGCAACUUCCAGCGUCAUCACAUUCCUACUCCCGCCUAUAGUCCUCCCGUUCAGCAAUUUCGCCGCAACAAUCAUCAUUUCGGCCCCGGUAACGGCUUCACACGUGGAGGCGGCAAUUUCCGCAACACUCGCACAUGGGUGUCGGAAGAAACACGUGCUGCCCAGGAGUUUCUUGUCGUCCGAAACUCAAUGAAACGCUUGUUCAAGAACGCUGAUGUCGCAAAGUGGAAGGUGGCGGAUUACAUCGCGCAUCGCGAGGCUGUGAUGGCGUCCAAGGCCAAGAAGCUUGCAGAGCAGGCUCAAGACAGAGAAGCCGAGAUCAUUUUGCGCGUUCCACCUAUCUCCCCACAACAGCAAGACAUGAUGCGACGUUGCGGUCUCUCUGGCAACUUCGAUCAGGUCGGCAACUACGGCCGAGCUCUUGGUGAGAAGACUAUCUGGUGCGACGACUGGCAGAACGGCAAAGACGAGAUCGCGCCAUGGCCAUGCUUGGCAGAGAUGAAGUGGGAGGGCGAUGAUCGCGCAAAGACUGGCGUUGGACGCUACCCACCUCUACCUCGCGAGCAAGGUCCAGUUGGUCUACCGUGGAAUCAGCUCCAGGCCGUCGAGCAGUACCCUCUCGACCAGAUCGCUCGCGUCCCCACCAUGGAAGACGUCUACCUUCCUGUCGACGAGAUCAACGAAGAGGUCAAGUACGGUCUCCUCAACAAGGAUCUCGAGGACGCCAUGGAUGCUUACCUCGAGUCCUGA